GCUGUAUCGCAGAUAGGGAGAAAAGUAAGCGCAUAUUUCCUCUAUUAGGUUUUUAUUUGUGUACCGAAGUCUGUUGCGAAGCGAAAUGUCGGAUACAACAGCCCCAGCUAUCGAAGUACCAGUCCCAUUUGACGAAUCUGUCAGCGCUGAAAAAGGAGGCGACAAGGCAGCAAUGGCAGACACAGUCGACUUGGACGGUGUCGUCUCGAACGAAAUCGGCGGCGACGAAGCCAAGAGCGUGUUGACUCAAGACGCAGGAAGAAAUGCCGCGUUGGUAGAAACACACUCCGACGGCACAGCCGAUGCCAAUGUGCCUCCCGCAUCUGCAGAUGCCACCGCACCAGCAUCGGAAGACCUGCCGCCGGCAAAAGUCAAUGAUGCGCCAACGAUCUCUGCGCACGAUGUGGGCACUGCUUCUGCGGCUGUACAAGCUGAAUUAAACGAUAUCGAAGGCACGAAAAGGAUUCAGGGCGAUGGAGAAGCGAAAGGAACGGAAGAAAAUAAAGUAGAAGCACCACAAAACGCUGACGUGAAAGAAAACUGUGCUGCCGACGUGCCGAAGGAAGGAGCCACGGAGGACGCGAAAGGGGAACUCACAAGUCCUAACUCUCUCCCUAAACAGAAGGCGUCUUUCAACAUCGAUGCGAAGCCGUUUUCUCCCGGGACGCUUGCCGAUCCAGCGAUGCAGCGAACGUUAGUUAGCGACCCCAAUGGACUCUCCAUCAAGGUAGGACAAUGGGGAAACCAACCAUUUGUACCGAUGCCGCACAUUUCUCCUGUUGCCCCUGUUAGUGUCGGCCAAGUUCCAUUCGCAGUACCCGGUGCCACGCAACCGCCGUCUGUGCGUAAGGAAGGGCCGGGUGUAAAGGAAUCGCUUUCUGCGUUCGCCAAGCCAUGGAGUCCUCAUCCAGAGGUGACAGUCGCUCCCAUUCCACCGCCGGAAAACGAAGUAGCCAUUCAUCCUGGCUCGUGGACGGUCGCCAAUGUGGAAGGAAAGGAUAUCCAAACGCCGUCUCCCAUGGUGCCCAAAGACAUGAGCAGCAACUCGUACGCUCAUUCUUAUUCCAUUCAUCCUAAAGGGUUGAAAAAUGUUGAGUUGGAAUUAUUCAACUAUGUGUGUGGAAGGUGCCCUCUCAAAACACUGUAUGGUCGACUUUCUUCACGUCAACCAGACGUAACAAUGCGAAAUGUUGCCAUGGAUGUUCCUCCCUUGUGCGUUUCACACCUCAUUGAACAAGUAACAAAAGCGAAAGUCACAGCUCUGUGUGUGAACGAAAUGGAAGGCUCACACUAUGACAUCUGGCUGGACAAGCCGAAUAUGGCUCCUGUUCUGUUGGAGUCAAUGUCUGAUUGUGUUUGGACAUGCCCAAUGUUUCACGGAUUUGCUGUUGUAGGGAAGGGCGAGGAAGGGAAAAAAUAUCUCCGAAACUAUGUUGAAAGAUUAAAUGAUUCACGUCCGGAAGGCUCAAAUGUGUGCAAGGUAGCGUUGGUGGAAGUUAAAGAGCACUAG